GCAACUCUUGAGUCAUCUGCACUUCUCUUUCAGUACUUUGGCACUCUUAUUACAGUUUGAGCUUUAUCAAACAAUAAUUUAUACUAGUAGUAAAACUAAACAAACAAAUUGAAAUAAAAUAUAACUCCACAGCCACUGUGCCGUGUGCAACUUGCGAACAACUUGUCCUUAAACAUUAAUUAAUGGCGCGACAGAUUUGUCGCAUUGGUCACAUCGAAGAUCAAAGCACCACAUCACUCCUGCAAUUCACUCAAAAAGAAAAAAAAAACUCUCCUCCACACUUGGUGCAGCAAGAGAUGGCCGGCGUUGACCGCAGCCGCCGGUCGUCGUCGUCGCCGCCGCCGCUUCCGUGGACGGUGCGCGUGCAGCUUGCUGCGCUCUCGGCCGCGCACCGGUCCGACGGCAGCGUGCGGCGCCUCCUCUUCUACCUCGGCGACCUCCACGCCGCGGCCAGCCCCCGUCCCGACGCGGCCGGCGUCCGCUCCGUCGACGUCACCAUCGACGCCUCCCGCGGCCUCUGGGCGCGCGUGUUCUGCCCGCCCACGAACACGGCGGCGGUGAAGCUCCCGGUCGUCGUCUACUUCCACGGCGGCGGCUUCGUGCUCUUCUCCGCGGCGUCGCGCCCCUACGACGCGCUCUGCCGCCGCAUCUCCCGCGGGGUCGGAGCCGUGGUGGUGUCCGUGAACUACCGCCUCGCCCCCGAGCACCGCUUCCCCGCCGCCUACGACGACGGCCUCGCCGCGCUCCGCUACCUCGACGCCAACGGCCUCGCGGAGGCCGCCGCCGAGCUCGGCGCCGCCGUCGACCUCUCCCGCUGCUUCCUCGCCGGCGACAGCGCGGGCGGGAACAUCGUGCACCACGUGGCCCAGCGCUGGGCGGCGUCCACCACCUCGCCGUCGUCGUCGCUCCGGCUCGCCGGCGCCGUGCUGAUAUCGCCCUUCUUCGGCGGCGAGGAGCGGACGGAGGAGGAGGUGGGGCUCGACAAGGCGAGCCUCUCGCUGUCGCUGGCGAGGACGGACUACUUCUGGCGGGAGUUCCUGCCGGAGGGCGCCACCCGGGACCACGCGGCGGCGCGCGUGUGCGGCGGCGAGCGCGUCGAGCUGGCGGAGGCGUUCCCGCCGGCGAUGGUGGUGAUCGGCGGGUUCGACCUGCUCAAGGGAUGGCAGGCGAGGUACGUGGCGGCGCUGCGCGAGAAGGGGAAGGCGGUGCGGGUGGUGGAGUACCCGGACGCCAUCCAUGGCUUCCACGCGUUCCCGGAGCUCGCCGACUCCGGCAAGCUCGUGGAGGAGAUGAAGCAGUUCGUCCAGGAGCAUAGCUCCAACCAUGAAUUUCUCUGAACUCCUGUGUGGCACGUUCUUGGCGAGUCCUAGGCAGCAACUAUCUGCCAUGCGUGCCCAGUUACCCACCUGAUAGACAAGAAGUGUAUCACACGCAGUGUCCUGGACUACGUAGAGUCUUUCCAUUCUGGUAGUAGUCGCUUGCAAGGAGAUUGAGACGAAGACGUAGAGGAGAUCUCAAAAUAUAGCAACCUGAAAUUAGAUGAGAUACAUAAUGAUUUCAUGAAUCUGGAUAGAUUUUUUUAUUCACAUUCGUAUUCAUUGUAAAAAGAUACAUCCUGUUCGGUCUCAGUUUACUAUAUAUUUUAUGCUGAAAAGAAUAUUUGAGAUUAGAGUGACCUUUGAGACUCUAGGACGCCAGUGACAUUGAAUGUAUGUUUGAUAUUUUUUUAAAAAAAAAGUUACAAAAUUAUUUAUUUUGUUA